GUUGCCCAUUGUUGUUUGUACGCAGAUGUUUCACCGCAAACACAAGCAGAGCCUGUGGUGCUUUUUAGAUUGUUCUCUCACAACUUUGUUGUGAAGAAUAAUUUAAUGUCGAGGUAGUAAUUUGACCUCUGUAGUCUGUAUGCGGGUUUCAUUGUCCGGGGCACCCCAACACGUUUCAUCCAAUGGAGCUGGAGGGCCAAUGGUGGAAAGGACAACUCGCUGGAGAUAUAUACCAUGCUCUGCGUUACAAGGAACUGAGGUUACCUGUCUACAAAGGUCAGUCCCCACAGCUCAACCUCAGGCGCUACUUUGCAGACCUCAUAGCUAUAGUGAGCAAUCGCUUCCGGCUGUGCCCGUCUGCCAGGCACUUGGCUGUUUACCUGCUGGACCUUUUUAUGGACCGCUAUGACAUCUCUGUGCAGCAGCUUCAUUUGGUGGCCCUUUCCUGUCUGCUUUUGGCUAGUAAGUGGUUGGCUAGUCAUGAUUUCCCCAACCUUUCUUUCCUCUCUGAUGUGGUCGUGCUGUUUAUGCAUCUCUAUGUUAGAGCGUUUGCACUUUUGUACGUGCUUCAGUGUGUCUAUUCAAGCUGGAUGUCCAACGGCUCUGCUUCUCCAUUUAUGGUGGAGAUAUAUAGUACAUUAUAUAUUUUUCUAAACCCUUUAAUUGCAGGUAAAUUUGAGGAGCGAGAGGACAGAGUGCCAAAGCUGGAGACGCUCAACAGCCUUGGUUGUAUGAGCUCCAUGAACCUGGUGCUGACCAAACAAGGUUUACUCCACAUGGAGCUGCUGUUACUAGAGACCUUUCAUUGGAACCUCUACCUACCCACUGCUGCCCACUUCAUAGAGUACUACCUGUCAAUCGCAGUCACUGAGACGGACCUACAUGAUGGCUGGCCGAUGGUGUGCUUGGAGAAGACCAUGCUGUACAUGACCAAAUAUGCAGACUACUUUCUGGAAGUCUCCUUACAAGACCAUGCAUUUCUGAGAUUCGCCCCAUCACUGGUAGCUGCUGCCUCCGUGGCCUCGUCCCGAGUCAUUCUUCGCCUGUCCCCGACUUGGCCCCCUCGCCUACAACGUCUCACUGCCUACACUUGGGAGCAGCUGCUGCCCUGUGUGGAGAAACUGCUAAUGGCCCAUGACAGUGAUGUUAAGGAAGCCAACAAGCAGAAAUGCCAGCAGUUGCAGCCAGGGCAGGCCGUGUACCCUGCUCAGAGCCAGAAUGUCACUAUAACCCAGUACAUCCACAGACCUGCCUUACAGUAUACCCAGCAGAGUGGCCAACCUGUACUGGUCUCAGCCCAUGGCCCGAGCGCCUACCUGACUCACGCUGCCUCUCGGCAUUCCUCUAGCGCCUCUUCACAUGGGCAAGCACAGCCUCAGACCAUUUCUGUACCACUGGAGACUAAGAUGAACAUGCCAAACAGGCCUUACCAGGUGACCUCAGUUUACCCAUGCGCAGCCCCAUGCUUUGACAGAUGAUAGUGACAGGUGGAUGCAUGUGACAAACUGGGUUUUGCUACAAAAACAUUGUGUGUUUGUGAGAAUAUACCGUACACUCUGAAAAAGACAAACACUGUCUGACGUAGGACCACUAAAGCUGCUGAACAACUUUUAAAAAGAAAAUUGAGAUAAAUUGAAAAAAAAAACGUUAAGUACUCUAAGGACUAAAAAUGAGGUGCAAAGUGUUUAAGAUGUGCAAUACUGUAAGUCCUGCCUGUUUCUUCCACUGUUUCCUUCCUUUUGGAUUUUUCUUUCCUUUUUUUCCUGAGAACAGUGUUAUUUUUGCGUAUGCAUGCUAAUGAAGCAGGUAUGUGACAGAGAAGCUACUAUAGAAAAUGAUGCUGUGAUUUUUAUCAUCAGCACACUCCUGACAGUGUUAAUUUCAGCCAAGCUACCUCAGAAAUGUUGAAUGUAAACUGUUAGCUUUUGACUUUACAAGUGCACUUUGGUACAGAAUAUUUUUAAAUAAAAUGCAACAUGUCGGUUGUA